AUCAUGCGUUUACUAAAGGGCAGUUUCAUCACUGUCCUGCCCAUCUUCGCUCUCUUCAUUUACACGGGGGCCCAAAGAUGCGACCGAAUCAAAAUCGGGAACGAAUACUACAAGAGACAACUCAUAGCCACCAUAGACGGCUACCCAACAGGAAUCGUCGUCGAUCCAAGAAAUGAAAACAUUUUUUUUGUUCUCCACAAAAGAAAUUACACCAGAGGAAUACAUUUACUUAAGAAUGGCGCUUUGGGUAUCAAAGAAAUACCAAUCGGCGAUGAUAUGAUAGGCCAAUGUGUCGCUAUGGAUAUACCAAGCAAUGUGAUAUAUUUCGGUACUAAUCAAGGACUAGUCACGUUCGAUUCUGCUAGAGACACAGUCGCUUCGGAAAGACCUAUAGGCGACGAUGAUAUUCGUUCUAUAUUCAUAGAUAAAACAGACAAUCAAAUGUAUAUAGCCACUGGACCUAAUCAUGAAAUCUUCAAAUUUGUCAACGGAUCAUAUGCCGUAAGAAGGUACGAGAAAGUAAUGAAAGCAUACAGUUUCGUUUUAGAUGCUAAAGGCAAUGUAUUUUAUGAAUACAUUGAUGGAAGAAUGUACUUUUUCGCGACUGAUUACUAUGAACCUAUACAAUAUAAGGGAUUCUCCAGAGAACUAAAAUACAUACUAAGAUUGAACACGCAAGACGAAGCGAUCGUAGCUGUAAAAGGAUCUCUAUUCAAACUAAGUACGAAAAGCGUUUUGCCAGUGAAAAUUGGACAGCUCGGUUACAAAAUUACUGGAAUAGCGUUUGAUGCAAAGAAUAAUAUAGUUGUGGGAACAAGAGGGAAGUUAUAUAGGUAUAAGCCGAUAAAUAGUAACGAUCCUUGUCCCGCUGACGAUUAUUUUAUGGCCACUAUUUAGGAGGGAGUACCUAGCAAGCUUAAUCCGAAGGUACCGUAAAACCACCCAAUUGUAGUCCAGACAAGACAAUUAUGGUCCACAAG